AUGAAAAUGAUGAUUUAAUCAGAGUCCCAACACUUAGAAGGUUAAUCAGAGCAAUAAAUAAAAUAUAUCAAUUGUUUGAAAUAACUCAAUCAAAAAACAGAAGAAACGCUAGAAAAAUUAUAGGUCUAUCAGGAAGAAUUGAAGCAACUCUUACAUAAAGGAAAGCAAGAUCAAGGACCUAAAUUUGAUCCAAUUUAAUUCAUUAAAAGUGUAACAACUGCAUAGCAAUAAACUGAUAAUUCUAAUUAGAAAAAAAGCGAUGUUGAAUAAAACUAAUCUUUCGUACAAGAGAUUACUCAAAAUCCAUAGAUUCAAUAAUAGGAAAUAUAAGAAAACUAAGGCUUUUUUAAAUAUAGUUAUUUAGCAGCGAUCACAGCAUCAAUAGUAAUAGGAGUUAUUAUUAAAAAAAAAUUACUAUGA